AUGAGGCUCCUGGAUGGCCUGAGGUCUGGUGUGGUGAAACUAAUCAUCACCUCAGCUUCUGCAUCUGACUUCGGACUGUACAGAAUCUACAUUUUGCUACAAAACGAGUUGGUGCAUUGGGUUGAUUUCAACGUGACUGAAUAUGGACUGACAGAUUUGACCGAGAACAUUCCCAGCUCCAUCAGUCCUCUGAGCGGCACCGUCAGUCCUCUGAGCGGCACCGUCCGUCCUCUGAACGGCACCGUCCGUCCUCCUGCUCCUGAUGGAACACAACCGGGGAUGAUCUUCACCAUUGUCGGUUCUUGUGUCGGUGUCUUCAUCCUCCUCCUCCUCAUCAUCAUCAUCAUCAUCGUAGUUAAAUACUCGUAUAAAGAAAAGAUCACAGGGAGUCUGAAGAAGAGGAACCAGCCAGAGGACGACGUGGAAAUGGGUCCUGAGAGGGAACGUCUGAGUCGUCCAGGAGACGAGCCGUCCUCCUCUGAUGGAUCAGCGGGCGGCUCGGUGGGCCGGUCGGCCCUGCGGCCCCCCGGGUCCCGGUCGGCGGCCCCCCGCCCCCCGGUGGGCCGCUCCCCGUCCCCCACCCCAGCCAGCAAGCCCUCGCCGCCCGAGCACCAGCGCUCCCACCGGCCCUCGCUGCCCGACAUCUCCCGCCCCCCUCCCUCCGGCGGCGGCGGCUCCUCCGGCGGCGGCGGCAUGAAGCACAGCACCUCGGCGCCGCCGCCCCCUCCGCCCUUCAACCGGGGCGGGCGGAGCAACGCCCCCCCGGCCCCCCCCUCUCAGGGCAGGGAGAAGCCCUUCCUGCCCAUGCCGGGCCGGAACCCCGCCCCCCCCCCCGCCGCCGCCAAGCCGCCGCCGCCGUCUUCCAGCAGGCCCCCGACCGGAGGCUCCGCCGCCCCCCCUCCGCCGCCGCCGCCGCCGCCCUACAGGCCGCACUCGGUGGGGGGGGUCUCCAACGGGCCGUCCCACGUGGACGGAGCGCCGGAGCUGCCGCAGCGCCACAACUCCCUGCACAAGAAGCAGAACUCCGCCGGCCCGGGGCGCAGCCACGCCCCCCCGCCCCCCUCCGCCCAGCAGGGCAGCCGGCCGCCGCCGCCCGCCAGGGAGCCGCCCGGACGCCGAGCAGCUCCUCAGGCGCCUUCUCUGGGCUCUCGCAACGGGGGCCGCGACGCCCCCCCUCCCCCGCCCCCGUACCGCGGCCACAGCUCCGCCGGGUCCGAGCCCCUGAGCCGGGCGGGCAAGCCGCCCCCCCCUCUGUCCUCCGCCUCCCUCUCCUCCUCCUCCUCCUCCCGAACCCCGGCCGGACCUCCUCCUCCGCCCCCGCCCAUCCGCAACGGCCACACCUCCAGCUCCUCCUCCAGGUCCGUCAUCAUGGAUGAUUUUGAAUCGAAGUUUAACUUCCACCCGGUGGAGGAUCUCCCCCCCCCAGAGGAGUACCGGCCGUUCAGCAAGGUCUACCCCAGCAGGAACAACAAGGCCACGGUGAGAGGAGCUCCUCCGGCGCCGCCCGUCGGCAGGUGAGCGGCUCUCGGCUCAGGACAUGAACUCUGUGGCUGGACUGGACAGGCGGCGAAGAAGCACUCGAAUCACAACACACUCUCUCACACACACUUUCUCACACACACACACACACACACACACACACACACACACACACACACACACUCUCUCUAACACUAAACCAGCAGCCAGAAGCACCGUGGUGAACUUUCCCGCACUGCUCGGCGGUCACCUUCCGUCUUCCGCACGACAGACGAAGGACAAACCCGCUGAGAGGCGAGAGGAAGACUCCCGACAGAGCGCACUACUUAUCAGGACCAAGCCCCGCCCCCGCCACGCCCACCACGCCUCUGCAUUCCAGCUUCUGUUUUCAGGACCGUCUUUUCUUUUGCUUCUUUUUGAUACUCGUGGUGUCAUCAUUCCUUUGUGAGGGGAACCUGGAAGCCCCGCCCCCCCGUAGCGGGCGCCGUCGCCCACCUGGGGCUCGCCGGCGGCCGUUCCCUUCGUGAGCUUGGUUUUUGUCUUCAGCAGCCAUUCCAGCAGUGCCAGGCGAGGAUGCAGCUCCAGCCAUCACGUCUCUGUCUGUGUGCCAAACGGGGGCGGAGUCACAUGACGCCUCACUCUCCUCCACCUUCACUCCUCUCAGAGGACGGGAGGUGUGUCCUGCUCCCUGGCCCCGCCCCCAGCCACGCCCCUCUGUGGUACGGAGGUGUUGUUUCCGUCAGCUGAUAUUGAGCUAAACCGAGACACUGUGCAGAAUGUUGGGGUGUGUAUGUGUGCGUGCGUGCGUGCGUGCGUGCGUGCGUGCGUGUGUGUGUGUGUGUGUGUGUGUGUGAAGAGGACCCGCUAUGCUCCGUUCGGUCUCACAUGUGGAACCGGUCCGGUUCCUCCAGGACUCCCUCACUCCAGCAUCCGGGCGUCUUAAAGGGGCGGAGUCACAAACCCUCCGAGCUGCUGCAGCGGAAUCGAACACGGCGCCCCGAACCUGAGCAUAGCGGGUCCUCCUCAGCUCGUCCGCACGCCGUCCUGCUUGUGGCGGACUGCUUCACACAGCCAGCGCCGGGCCGGGCCGGGCCGCAGAGCCAGAGCUUUUAAAACGUGGUUUUCCUCUUAAAGCUCAGUAAUUGUCGGAUUUCUCUCCUCUACGUUUCGCUGUUCGGGGCGUUUAUAGAAACACAAGAAGCCAGUGUGACCAGAGAGUGGAGGGAGUUGAGUUUCUAUGCAAGAAGCAGUUUGUCGGGUAGCCGGUCGCAGCGAACCAAAAGGAGAAGAGAAGGACCACAUAAGUGCCAGAGAAGUGUGGAGGAGGAGAGACGGAGGCUCUUUACUUUAAUCUUUUUGAUAAAACGUUAAGCUUCUCUUUAAAACACUAAUGUUAUCAUGUUCUGCUUUAAGGCCAUGCAGGGAAAAUAAGAAAAUAAAUCAAUAAAAAUAAAAGUAGGAGUGAAGAAGCUGAUUGAGGGGUUGUGGAUUCUCGGUGCUGCAGCGCCCCCUGCUGGCCUCUGCCUUACUGAAAUCGGUACCUGUGCAUCGAUGCUUGUGUUUAUCAGGGGACGGUGACGACAGCCAAGUUUAAAGGAGUCUAUUUGAAAAUGCAAUAAAUAUUGUAUAUUUACACUACGGAACACGGUAAUCAUAGCUAUUGAUCUAUUUUUAUGUUGUAUAAAGCUUGUAAUAUAGGAGAGAGACAUGAUUCAGAGUUCUAAUGAUGGUCCAGAUGGGGGGAGCGGAACGCGUGUCGGACAGGAUCCACCAAAUCCUGAGUGUGUGUGUGGUUUAGGUCCAGGGAAAGCAACACUCACACACACACACACACACACACACACACGGAGUCGGACCGACACCUGCUCGUAUGAACAUCACUCCUCACGCUCUCACCCCUCUGAACAAACCCUGUGGUCACUUCCUGUUAAUCUGCCCUGUUUU